UACCUUUUUUCAAAAACAUACAGCCUUCAUCAGCCUUCAUCAUGCCUAGCGCUACCUACUUCACCAUCAAGCCUAUGCACCCAACCUUUGCAUGCGAGGUUGAGGGCCUAGAUCUAUCCAAGCCACUCUCUGACGAUGCGUUUGCUGAGCUACGAGAUACGCUUCACAAAUACGGCGUGGUAGUCAUACGGGGCGCAAACUUCCCCAGUGACAAGGAGCACAUCGAGUUCUCCGCCCGUUUCGGCGAAGUCGAAAAGAGCAAAUACCGCAACCCACAUAUGAGGUCUCUGCCAUAUCCGGAAAUCUUUGAUAUCUCGAACCUGGACGAGAAGAACCAGGUGGUGACCAAUAGCAACGAAAAGCGAACUACUGCAAUCCGAGGCAACGCUCUCUGGCAUGCCGACGGCUCGUUCAACCCUCGCCGGACGUAUGUCUCGUGUCUUAAUGCAAUCGAGCUUCCACCACCAAACACAGGAGGUCAUACCGAGUAUGCAGAUGCUCGCCAGGCUUACGAGGAUCUCCCCGAGGAGACAAAGGAGAAGAUCAAGGACUUAGUUGGUGUCCAUUCGUUCCUCCACAACCGCAAGACCGCCAACCCCGACUCUCCCCUUUUCAAAGACCUAAACGUCCUGGACGAGCCUCUCGCUCGACACAAGCUCGUCCCCAUUCACGAGCCUACCGGUCGCCCGGUCUUGUAUGCCACCGCCUACACCCACCACAUCGAAGGCAUGCCCAUCGAUGAAGGUCAAAAGCUCAUCCAAGAGCUCAUCGCGCACGCCACACAACCGAAAUACGUCUUCAAGCACCACUGGGCCAACAACGGCGACGUCGCCAUCUGGGACAACACCGCUGUGUUGCAUCGUGCCACGGCCGGCGGGGCGUACGAGGGCAAGUACAGGCGAGAUAUGCGGAGGACAUGUGUUAUGGACUCAGGUAAAGACGCCUUUGGUUUGAACAAUCCUGAAGACGCAAAAGGCCAGAGAAACUCAAGCUAAACUCAGGUCGCGCGAGCGUGACGAGCGACCAAUGGGUUUGGGAGCCGUAUGAUUACGAUGCGGAGGAGGAAGAGGACGAUGAUUACGACUAUGAAGAAGAAGACAGCGAGGGGGAAUACGAGUACAAAGACGAAGACGAAGGUGUCAUUUAUGAAGGAUUUGUGGGAAGGGAUAAAAAUGAAGGCGCGGUCAGUAUAUUGACGUGGAAUCAGCCGAUCAGCCCGAUGAUGCAUUUCGGGAUGCCUUUCAGGGGUUUGAAUGGAUUUGAUCAAGCAUUCUUUGGUCUAUUGGAUUGACUCUUGUAUUUAUAUCACAAUCAAACUCGUUAUUCUGUCA